AUGGAUGGAAAAAAUUGCUCUUCUGUGAAUGAAUUCCUUCUCUUGGGAAUUAGCAAUAACACUGGAAUUAAAGUGACCCUGUUUGUCACAUUUCUAAUUGUUUAUCUCAUCAUUCUUAUUGCAAACCUCGGGAUGAUCAUGUUAAUUAGAAUGGAUUCUAAGCUUCACACACCAAUGUAUUUCUUCCUCAGCCACCUCUCUUUCAGUGACCUCUGUUAUUCUACAGCAAUUGGGCCCCGGAUGCUGGUAGGCCUCAUUACCAAGAUAAAGUCGAUUCCUUUCUAUGGCUGUGCUCUGCAAUUCUGGAUCUUCUGUACCUUUGCUGAUUCCGAGUGCCUACUGCUGGCGGUGAUGGCCUUUGAUCGGUACAAGGCCAUUAGCAACCCCUUGCUCUACAAGGCCAACAUGUCCAGCAGAGUGUGCUUUCUGCUCAUGGCUGGGGUUUACAUGGUAGGGCUUGUGGAUGCUUCUGCAAAUACAAUAUUAACAUUCAGGUUAUGUUUCUGUGAAUCAAAUGUGAUCAACCACUUCUUCUGUGAUGUCCCACCUCUCCUUUUGUUAUCUUGCUCAGAUACCCAAGUUAAUGAGUUAGUGAUAUUCACCAUUUUUGGCUUCAUUGAGCUGAUUACCCUUUCAGGGCUCUUUGCAUCUUACUGUUAUAUCAUCCUGGCAGUGAUAAAGAUCCGCUCUGCUGAGGGGAGGUUCAAAGCUUUCUCCACCUGCGCCUCCCACUUAACUGCUGUUGCAAUUUUCCAGGGAACCCUGCUCUUUAUGUAUUUCCGCCCGAGUUCUUCCUACUCUCUUGAUCAAGACAAAAUGACCUCCUUGUUCUACACCCUUGUGAUUCCCAUGUUAAACCCUGUGAUUUAUAGCCUGCGGAACAAAGAUGUGAAAGAGGCUCAGAAAAAACUUAAAAAUAGGAAGUGGUUUCAUUGA